GUCUGGUGGGUCGCAUUGCCACAUUUCUCCGGCAGUGGGACCAGUCGCUUCCUGUCCGCGAUCGAGGCACGUUCUGUGUUGAGUUGGGAGUUCACUUUACCGAGCUUGUGAGUGUCCAGUGCCCCCAGUGCUGUUGUAUGUUGUGAACAAGACGUGUUCUUGUUGUGUUGUGAACAUGGUUACGGGUGGUGGUACAGUAUCACCCGCGGGGGUGGCAGGUCCCGGCGUUAUUGCUGGCAGUGUUACCGGCUGCAUGUCCACGUCCACUCCGACACCCGGGGCAGACACCGCCGGCCUUCCUCCGCAGAGACGCACUAGCGAGAACAGAAGGAGUAACAAACCCAUCAUGGAGAAACGACGCCGUGCUCGUAUCAAUAAUUGUCUCAACGAGCUGAAGACGCUGAUACUAGACGCCAUGAAGAAAGACCCGGCAAGACACUCCAAAUUAGAGAAGGCAGACAUCUUAGAGAUGACGGUCAAGCACCUGGAAAAUCUCCAGCGUCAGCAAGUAGCAAUGUCAGCCGCCACAGACCCCAGUGUGCUGAACAAGUUCCGGGCGGGGUUCAGCGAGUGUGCCGGAGAGGUAGGUCGAUUUCCCGGACUCGAGUCUCCUGUCCGAAGGCGACUCCUUCAGCAUCUGGCUAACUGCCUCAAUGGCACCAACAACACUACAAGCACCACCUCGUCUGGCACCGCCACCCCACAACCCAGUCCCCAGGACUCCGCCCCAGCGCCAUCGCAACAUCAGACCGCCGUGCAGGUCCACAUCCUCCCACCGGCGACUUCCACCCCAACAGCCGACGGCCACCAGGCACCGACUCCCAUUUCCUCAUCUUCAAAUGGAAUUUUCUUCACGACUGGUGCUAAUGGUGCCGGACUUCAGUUGGUCCCAACUCGUCUUCCUAAUGGCGAUAUUGCUCUUGUGUUGCCAUCUUCUGGUUCAAGUACAGCGCAGAUUUUUCGACAAACCGCUACAAUCACCACUGGUUCACCAUCUUCAUCGCCAGCUCCCUCGUCAUCAUCGUCUUCCCCUCUUCCUAUGCUUAUCCCAAUUCCUACCCGCACGUCCUCAACUGCAUCUGCGUCGUCUUCGUCUUCAUCCACGUCUUCGUGUGUUUCUACUUCUCCGAUAGCAUUUGAUAGGCUGGCGGUGAGCAGUCCUCCGCAGAUGAGCGCUGUUGUGGUGACUCCCCCAGUGUGCAGAGACAUGGCAACAUCCCCCACAGCUUACCACUUGCCCGUCAGUCCCUCAGGGGGUCGUCAUCAUAAUAAUGGUGGUUACGAUGUGGCUGAACAGAAGCCACGUCUCAGGCCAUACAGUCCGCUGCAGAAGCCACUGGCGUUGGUUGUAAAGAAGGAGAGUGUACCGGAAGUACCCAGUGUGGAGGAGAAGCCGUGGCGACCCUGGUGAUGUACGCGGGUCUCAGGAGUUCUUCCUGCACCCGCAGUGGGUUGCGUGAGGUGGAAAGGACAUUGAUAAUAGUGAGAGUAACUUUCUUGUUCCUUGAGACCUGAUGACUUGGUCAGGAUUUGACCUCAAAUGUGAAAUCUCUGUUAUUCGGUUCAGCUGAUAUUGAAAAGUUUCGUUGUAUUUUUGUAUCGUCUGGUAAUGGAGUACGUUUUUUCAGUCGCGUGUACUUCAAGAACAGUUGAAUGUCCGCCAUUUUUAAAUCUUAUUCGUGACAGUUUGAUUUUUUUUGAUUUUUUUUAACAAUUCGUUUGUUUUUGUCUUGCAGAAUUAUCAUAAUAGAGCUUACGUACUGAAAUUGCUUUCGUAACAAAUGUUUGGAAAAAAAUUUUUUCGUAAAAUUACUAAUGCUGUUUUUUGUUGUUGUUGAAUAUAAUACACUCUCUGCUUUUGGAAAUGUUACAGGAGAAACCAUUUUUUCCUCGGUCAGUUUCAAAGAUUAAAUUCACAGUUUAUAAACUCAAUAUUCUAAAAAUGUGUUUAAAUUUC